AUAUGGGUGUCUUUCAAGACAAAGUUGCCAGUAUAUUGCGAAUUGAAGAUCAACAAUUCACAAGAGAGCUCUUAGCAGAAUGCAUUGGAACCUUCUUCCUCUUGCUUAUCGGAAAUGCAGCCAACAUUCAAGCUGCUGUAGCAGUUGGUGGUAACUCAACGUCUUGCCAUAUUGCCUGGGGAAUCGGGUUCAUGUUCGCAGUCUAUCUUGCCGCCAGUGUUUCUGGAGGCCAUUUGAAUCCAGCCAUCUCCGUCGCACAAAGCAUUCUCGGAAAUCUGCCUCCAUGGAAGAUCAUUCCAUAUGCCAUUGCUCAAGUUAUUGGAGCAUUCCUCGGCGCAGCUGUUGCCUAUUUUGGACAUCACGACGAUCUGUGGAAGCUGGACGGCGGCAUCCGUCAGGUGACUGGAGGUCAAGCCACCGCUGGACUGUUCACCACGUUCCCACCGGAUCACAUGUCAGUAUGGGGAAGUCUUCUCGACCAGAUUAUUGGAACAGCCAUGCUGUCUGGCUUGGUCUGUCUUAUCACUGAUAAACGCCACCAAAUCCCGACCGGUGUUGUUCCUGUUCUUGCUGGAAGUAUUAUGAGCAUGGUCGCAAUGACUUUUGGAGCUAACGGCGGAUUUGCAAUCAACCCAGCUCGUGACUUCGGACCACGCGUUUUCUGCCUCUGUGCCGGAUAUGGCUGGGAAGUUUUCAGCGCUCAUGGAUAUUAUUUCUGGAUUCCAAUUGUUGGUGCUCUCAUCGGUUCGAUCAUUGGAGCCUGGAUCUAUAAGAUUUUCGUAGGACUUCAUGGAAUGAAUGAGAGUCUUGACAUUCAACCAGCCAAAGGAUUUAAUGAAAUGCAGAGAAAUUCGGAAGGCAUCUUGAUAGGAUACGAUAACACUUUGUCCAGGGCCCGCGGCGGAGAAAUUGCAGCACCAAGAACAUACACUCCCAGCUAUCAGGUUUUUGAAUCUAGCCGUACGCAAAUUACAACAGCAGACCGUCGAUAUUAGAGUACUGGCUGUAUUGCCCUCCCCCCCCCCCCACCACUCAUUUCUCUUUCAUUUUAUUUAUAUUGUCCAGUUGUUUCGAUUAGCUCUUGAUCCACACACUAUACCCCGAUUGUCUUCAUUCUGUAUGUGCCUAUUCUUUCAACGAACUUUGUUUUUCCUACACGUUUUAAUGCCUUGCUUUGUCCAACAAUGUUUUUGGUAUUUAUCUAAAUGUUCAACUUGCGUUCAAUGCUCCUCUGAUCUUUAUCUGAACUUUUUUCCUAUUUUAAUCUAACAUGUGAACAAAAAAAGAUACUAUUUAAUUAAA